CCAACUAACGGCGUCAUAUUCACUGUACAGCUCCAUUCCUCUCCGACAGUCCGACUACAUUCCUCUAACAGCCAAAAUGGAAUUCCCCUUCGGCCACGGCCACAGCCACGGCCACCACCACCACCCCCCCCACCCCCACCACCACCACGGCGAUGAUGACGAGGAAGAUAGCCGUCGACACCAGCACGCCGGCGUCUACCCCCCUCCUGGCGUCCAGCACGUUUCCCAUGAUCGAGGCUACGACCCCCCUCCUCCUUUCUCCGGCAGCUCAACUCACCAUGAUCGAAGCUACGCCCCGCCGCCUGGCGUACAACACGUUUACCCCCCACCUGGAGUCCAACACACGUCUCACGAUCGAGGCUACAAUCCCCCUCCGCCGUUCGCCGGCGAUUCAGCUCACCACGUGUCGCAUGAACCAGGUCUAGGAUACGCCCCGCCUCCUUCUUUAAUUGGGGCAGACGUUGCGCCUCCGUACUCUCGUCCGUUCGCGGGAGCUCCAGUCCAGCAUGUUGCUCACGAGACUCCGUAUGGCUAUCACCCAGGAUACGCUGAACAGGUAAGUCAUGAAAGUUGGGAUGGUGGAGCAUUGAAUCAGUUGCCGACGGUGAGGAUAUAUACCAAGGCGGAGGAGAACUACUCGCUUUCGAUAAGGGACGGGAAAGUCAUUCUCGAGUUGAAGAAUCCCAGUGAUAAACGCCAGCACUGGAUUAAGGACCUCAAAUACAGCACGAAGAUAAAGGAUAAAGAGGGUUUCCCCGCAUUUGCUCUUGUGAAUAAAGCUACUGGUGAAGCUGUGAAGCACUCCUUGGGAGCAACUAAACCAGUUAGCUUGGUCCCAUACAACCCCAACAGCCCCGAUGUGUCAGUUCUUUGGACUGAGAGCAAAGACUUGGGUGAUGGUUUCCGUUGCAUCAGGAUGGUGAACAAUAUUCUCCUGAACUUUGAUGCAUUUAAUGGAGAUGAAGAGCACGGCGGAGUUCAUGAUGGAACCUUUAUUGUUCUCUGGGAAUGGCUCAAGGGAAAGAACCAGAGGUGGAAGAUUGUUCCUUACUGUUAAAUCUGAGGCUACAGACAGGUAAUACUUAUUAUGUAUGAAUAAACUUGUUUUAUGAUGUUAUGAUGUGCUAAUAUGCAACAGUUUGUUUUGGCUGCUUUACCAAUUUGGACGGUAGGUAACAAAUUUGGUGCGGUUGUUUGUCAUUAAACUUAUCUUAAUUAACCUAUUGUGAUGGAGAGGUACUUUUAUGAA